CCCUGCGCGUGUCGAGUGGGCAGUACAUUACACUCGUGCUCUCCGCCUGGAACAAUCUCACCGCUCCUGUCCUUUUCCAACACCUCGACGCCUUUCCCCGUCUCCUCUAGCGGAUAUUUCCACACAUUUACCCGGGCAUUCGCGAAUCCUACACGUCCUUUCUAUACCAGAGCCUCGGUUGGACUCGUGUGUGUCGGGAGGAUGCGUUCAAGGAGAAAACCAGCCCAACCCUUUACACCAUGUCCCUUCUGAACUCCUGAUCUCCGCUCAGUGAGAACCAUGGCCACCCCUUUUCUGUGGAAGCUCUCGUCCCAGAAAUUGGGCUUCUUCCUGGUCAUCUUCGGCUUCAUCUGGGGCAUGAUGUUGCUCCACUUCACCAUCCAGCAGAGGGUGACUCACGAGAGCAGCGCGGAGUUACAGCAGCAGAUACUAGACCUGAGCAAACGUUACAUCAAAGCGCUGGCCGAGGAGAACCAGAGCGUGAUGGACGGGCCUUAUGUCGGCAGCAUGACGGCAUACGACUUGAAGAAGACCCUGGCAGUGCUCUUGGAUAACAUUAUGCAGAGGUUGGGUAAACUCGAAUCCAAGGUUGAAAACAUCUACAACGGGACGGGGGGAAACCUGACCAAUGGAACCAGCACAGCAACUCCAAGCGCCACCAAUCCAGAGAAAGUCAAUGUGGCAGACCUGCUGAGUGGAGCGCAGGAGAAGUGUGAGCUGCCCCCGCUGGAUGGAUUCCCUCACUGCGAGAGCAAGCUCAAGUGGAUGAAGGAGAUGUGGCGCUCUGAUGCUUGUUAUGGUAAUUAUGGAGUCGAUGGGUCCACCUGCUCCUUCUUCAUCUAUCUCAGUGAGGUGGAGAAUUGGUGUCCUCGUCUGCCUUGGAGACUCAAGAUCCUGAACGAGGAGUCGGACCGGAGGGCACAGGCAGAGGUCCGGACGAGUUUCGAUGAGCUGUACCGCGUCAUGUCUCAGAGGGAGGAGUUUCGCUGGAUGAUGCUGAGGAUCAAACGAAUGGCCGAGCCCUGGGUCAGCGCCAUCCGCUCUCUGGCCCACAAACAGAACCUGACCAAGAGGCGACGCAAGAAGAUCCUGGUCCACCUGGGGCUCCUGACCAAAGAGUCGGGCUUUAAGAUUGCGGAGAACGCCUUUAGUGGGGGUCCUUUGGGUGAGCUGGUGCAGUGGAGCGACCUCAUCACCACCCUGUAUCUGCUCGGCCACGACGUGCGCAUCUCCGCCUCCAUCGCAGAGCUCAAAGAGAUCAUGCGUAAGGUGAUGGGAAACAAGUCCAGUUGUCCCACUCAAGGAGACAAAAUCGUGGAGCUCAUCUACAUCGACAUAGUGGGACUAACACAGUUUAAGAAGACACUCGGUCCGUCCUGGGUCCACUACCAGUGCAUGCUGCGAGUGCUGGACUCCUUUGGGACAGAACCAGAGUUUAACCACGCCCACUACGCCCAAUCCAAAGGUCACAAGACGCCGUGGGGCAAGUGGAACCUCAACCCCCAACAGUUCAACACCAUGUUUCCUCACACUCCAGACAACAGCUUCCUGGGCUUCGUGGUGGAGCAGCAUCUGAACGCCAGCGACAUCAAGCACAUCGACGACAUUAAGAGACAGAACCAGUCCCUCGUCUACGGAAAAGUCGACAACUUCUGGAAGGACAAGAAGAAGUAUCUGGACAUCAUCCACAGCUACAUGGACGUCCACGCCACAGUGCACGGGACCAGUACCAUCCACCUGCCGAGCUACGUCAAGAACCACGGCAUCCUGAGCGGCAGAGACCUGCAGUUUCUACUGCGAGAGACUAAGUUGUUCGUGGGCCUCUCCUUCCCUUACGAGGGUCCCGCUCCGCUAGAGGCCAUCGCUAACGGCUGCGCUUUCCUCAACCCCAAAUUCAACCCACCGAAAAGCAGCAAGAACACAGACUUCUUCAAAGGCAAGCCCACCCUGAGAGAGUUGACGUCCCAGCAUCCCUACGCAGAAGUGUACAUCGGCCCUCCUCACGUCUGGACCGUGGACAUUGAGAAACCAGGAGAAGUGGAGCGGGCCAUUCGCUCCAUACUCAACCAAAAGAUUGAGCCGUACCUGCCGUAUGAGUUCACCUGUGAGGGGAUGCUGCAGAGGGUCAACGCCUUCAUCGAAAACCAGGACUUCUGUCAUGGUCAGGUGAUGUGGCCUCCUCUGGGCGCGCUCCAGGUCAAAAUGGCCGACCCUGGACGCUCGUGUAAACAGGUGUGUCAGGAGGAGCAGCUCAUCUGUGAACCCUCCUUUUUCCAGCACCUCAACAAAGACAAGGAUCUCGCCAGAUAUGGUCUGGACUGUCUGACGGUGGAGUCCAGCGCUGACACAGUGGUCCCGGCGUACAGCGAGGCUCGUCGACACUGCAUUUUCCAAUCGGACCUCCUCCUGUUCAGCUGUGCGGGCGCUCACCCCACUCUGAAACGCGUCUGCCCCUGUCGUGACUACAAGAAGGGCCAGGUGGCGCUGUGCAAGGAUUGCCUAUAGCAGCCGGCGCAGUACCAAACACUCACCACCAGGCGGAGGCGCAGCUAUCGAGCGGUGUGCGUUUAGAGACAUGACUUAUACACGCUCUCAUAUUUAUUGUUUUUUCAAGCUGCUGGAAGGAAAAAGAACAUUACGCAAAAAAGGGGGUCAGUGACUGCGUUUGGACAGAAGGGGGCGCUGCAGCAACAUCUCAGAAUACUUGAAUCGACACAGACUUUGUAGAACAGUGAAGUGGUUCAUAUAGUGACUGCUUUUUUUUGUUUAGGCAAAAUCAAGCCAGCGCUGCAGCGUCUCAUCCCUGCGUAAGGCCCCAAGUUCAACUCCAGCUCUGUCAAUCUGAGGCUAUGUUGUAUAUUAGGUAGGUUUGCACUGGACUGGCACGAUGAUGAGCCCAUAACCCCAGCAUACACUUAAGUAUCACUAAAUUAGGCCCUGUUCAAACAUCGGGAUCAAAAUGUAUUGAGGAAGUACAGCCUGAGUA